AGAGAGAGAGAGAGAGAGAGAGAGAGAGAGAGAGAGAGAGAGAGAGAGAGAGAGGGAACUGGAGGGGAGAGGAGAGAAGAGAGGAGGUGGAGGAGGAGGAGGAGGAGGGAGGAGGAGUGGAGGGUGGAAAGGAAGAGUGAGCGAGAGCAACUUGAAGGGAGGGGGUGAAAGAGCCAGCGAAUUCUUUUUCUUUUUCUGUUAUUAUUUUGACGACUCCGGAGUUGCGCCCGUGCUCUAGUCAGCUUCGUUUUAGGCGUAGCAUGGCUAGGCAGAAGAAAAUGGGGCAAAGCGUGCUCCAGGCGGUCUUCUUUUUAGUCCUGGGGCUUUUGGGUCAUUCUCACGGAGGAUUCCCCAACACCAUCAGCAUAGGUGGACUUUUCAUGAGAAACACGGUGCAGGAGCACAGUGCUUUCCGCUUUGCCGUGCAGUUAUACAACACCAACCAGAACACCACUGAGAAGCCCUUCCAUUUGAAUUACCACGUAGAUCACUUGGAUUCCUCCAAUAGUUUUUCUGUGACUAAUGCUUUCUGCUCUCAAUUCUCAAGAGGGGUGUAUGCCAUCUUUGGAUUCUAUGACCAGAUGUCAAUGAACACUCUGACCUCCUUCUGUGGGGCCCUGCACACAUCUUUUGUCACGCCCAGCUUCCCAACUGAUGCAGAUGUGCAGUUUGUCAUCCAGAUGCGCCCAGCCUUGAAGGGUGCUAUUCUGAGUCUUCUGGGCCACUACAAGUGGGAGAAGUUUGUGUACCUCUACGACACAGAAAGAGGAUUUUCCAUCCUCCAAGCAAUUAUGGAAGCAGCAGUGCAAAACAACUGGCAAGUGACAGCAAGGUCUGUGGGAAACAUAAAGGACGUCCAAGAAUUCAGGCGCAUCAUUGAAGAAAUGGACAGGAGGCAGGAAAAGCGAUACUUGAUUGACUGUGAAGUUGAAAGGAUUAACACGAUUUUGGAACAGGUUGUGAUUCUGGGGAAACAUUCAAGAGGUUACCACUACAUGCUUGCUAACUUGGGUUUUACUGAUAUUUUGCUGGAAAGAGUCAUGAAUGGGGGAGCCAACAUUACAGGAUUCCAGAUUGUCAACAAUGAAAACCCUAUGGUUCAGCAGUUUAUACAGCGCUGGGUGAGACUGGAUGAAAGGGAAUUCCCUGAAGCCAAGAAUGCACCACUAAAGUAUACAUCUGCAUUAACACACGACGCAAUAUUGGUCAUAGCAGAAGCUUUUCGCUAUCUGAGAAGGCAGCGAGUGGAUGUGUCCCGGAGAGGCAGUGCUGGAGACUGUUUGGCAAAUCCUGCUGUGCCCUGGAGUCAAGGAAUUGAUAUCGAGAGAGCUCUGAAAAUGGUGCAAGUACAAGGAAUGACUGGAAACAUCCAAUUUGACACUUAUGGACGUAGGACAAAUUAUACUAUCGAUGUGUAUGAAAUGAAAGUUACUGGCUCUCGAAAAGCUGGCUACUGGAAUGAGUAUGAGAGGUUUGUGCCUUUUUCUGAUCAGCAAAUCAGCAAUGACAGUGCAUCCUCAGAGAAUCGGACCAUAGUGGUGACUACCAUUCUGGAAUCACCAUAUGUAAUGUAUAAGAAGAACCAUGAGCAACUGGAAGGAAAUGAGCGAUAUGAAGGCUAUUGUGUAGACUUAGCCUAUGAAAUAGCCAAACACGUAAGGAUCAAAUACAAGUUGUCCAUUGUUGGCGAUGGGAAAUAUGGUGCAAGGGAUCCAGAGACUAAAAUAUGGAAUGGCAUGGUUGGAGAGCUUGUCUAUGGGAGAGCUGAUAUAGCUGUUGCUCCACUUACUAUAACACUGGUCCGUGAAGAAGUCAUAGAUUUCUCAAAGCCAUUUAUGAGCUUGGGCAUCUCCAUCAUGAUAAAGAAGCCUCAGAAAUCAAAACCAGGAGUAUUCUCAUUUCUGGAUCCCUUGGCUUACGAAAUCUGGAUGUGCAUCGUCUUUGCUUACAUUGGAGUCAGUGUAGUUCUUUUCCUGGUCAGCAGAUUCAGCCCUUAUGAAUGGCACUUGGAAGACAACAAUGAAGAACCUCGUGACCCUCAAAGCCCUCCUGAUCCUCCAAAUGAAUUUGGAAUAUUUAACAGUCUUUGGUUUUCCUUGGGUGCCUUUAUGCAGCAAGGAUGUGAUAUUUCUCCAAGGUCACUCUCUGGGCGCAUUGUUGGAGGGGUUUGGUGGUUCUUCACCCUGAUUAUAAUUUCUUCCUACACCGCCAAUCUUGCUGCUUUCCUGACUGUGGAGAGGAUGGUUUCUCCCAUAGAGAGUGCUGAAGACUUAGCUAAGCAGACUGAAAUUGCAUAUGGGACCCUGGACUCUGGAUCAACAAAAGAAUUUUUCAGAAGGUCCAAAAUUGCUGUCUAUGAGAAAAUGUGGUCUUACAUGAAAUCAGCAGAGCCAUCUGUGUUUACCAAAACAACAGCAGACGGCGUGGCCCGGGUGCGGAAGUCAAAGGGGAAGUUCGCCUUCCUGCUGGAGUCAACCAUGAAUGAAUACAUUGAGCAGAGAAAACCGUGUGAUACCAUGAAAGUUGGUGGAAAUCUGGAUUCCAAAGGCUAUGGUGUGGCAACCCCUAAAGGCUCAGCAUUAAGAACGCCUGUAAACCUUGCAGUAUUGAAACUCAGUGAACAAGGCAUCUUAGACAAGCUGAAAAACAAAUGGUGGUACGAUAAGGGGGAAUGUGGAGCCAAGGACUCCGGGAGUAAGGACAAGACCAGCGCUCUGAGCCUCAGCAAUGUGGCAGGCGUUUUCUAUAUACUUGUCGGAGGUCUGGGGCUGGCCAUGAUGGUGGCUUUGAUAGAAUUCUGUUACAAAUCACGGGCAGAGUCCAAACGCAUGAAACUCACAAAGAACACCCAAAACUUUAAGCCUGCUCCUGCCACCAACACUCAAAAUUAUGCUACAUACAGAGAAGGCUACAACGUGUAUGGAACAGAGAGUGUUAAGAUCUAGGGGUACGGUUAAGGUCUAGUAAACUAAUCAGUCUUACAUUGCUGUGUGUUAAUCUUUUUUUCUUUUUUUUGUUUGUUAGUUUUGUUUGUUGUCUCAAGCAUUGUCUAUUCUUUGCAACCAUUUGAUUCCUUGAAAACAAUGGUUGUGCUUUCUUGUCAGGCAGUGGUGCUUUUCUAGUGGCAUAGUUGUAAUUAUAUUGUAGUCUGUGACCCAAAAGGAAAAAAAAUUCUCUAGAAUGGCACAGUUCAGUAGAAAUAUUUGUGAACUAUAUAUGUGGCCACAAGUGUAAUUUUAAGUGUUCUAAUAGCCACAUUUGAAAUUAAUUUAAUAAUAUAUUUUAUUUAGCCCAAUAUAUCCAAGAUGUCCUUUCAACAUGUUAUAAUUAUAAAAAUAAAUGAGAUAUUUUACAUUCUUUUCUUCAUACUAAGUCUUAAAAACUGGGGUAUAUUUUGUAUUCAUCGCACAUCUCAACUCGUACUAGCCACAUAUCAAGUAUUGAAUAGUCAUAUGUGGCUAGUAACUACCAUAUUGGACAGUGCAGCCCUAGAGAAAGCAACUGUUCUGGAACCUGUGUUAAAAUAAGAAAUGCAAAUGGGGCACUGCCACCUUGAGAAAUGCAAUGAUUCCAUGGAGGAGCAGUAGUUCUCUUAAGUGUAAGCCUGAGACAAUUUCUUUAAUCUUUGAGUUCUUUUGUUGUCCCUUUCUUGGAAUUAAUAAUACUCAGGUAAGCCUGUCCCAAAGAACGAUCUAGGAUCCUUGCUGCUGGCUGCCCCAAAUUCAUACUUAUAUGAACCUGACUGAUACCUCCUUGACUCUGGCAGCUAUAGCCAAACCCCACCACCACCAUCACCAAUAACUCAGAUGUGUUCAAAGGCAAGCUUCAAUUAUGAUAAUGCAUUAAUUCUGGAAGUAUAUAAAAGAAUAUAGUCUUGUUACCUUCAAAUGCAUCUGUCAUCACUAACACACCUCUCUGAAGUGGAACAGAACAUUUAGCAGCUUCACAGGCCUUAUUUUUGACCUCAUGAGUUAAUGUCAAUGUGCUUGAAUUUCUACAAAUUCAUUUUAUUUCUUUUUUGAUCACCUGAUAUUUUAUGUUGUGAAUCUAAAUUAAGCUGGUUUUUAAAUAAUAUUUAAUCAAAAUAAAUAAUUUGUCUUCACCAUGGAAAGCAUUAUAUUAUUUCAUACAGUUGCUGGUUGUUCUUUUCUGCUGCACACUGCAAACUUUUGCUACAAUGUAUUUAGUACACUGAACUAACCCACUAACAAACUGUCCCCAUUGCAUUGCUGAGCGUACAGUACAUGGAUUCAUUUGUAAUUAGCACUGUUUGCAUGAAAGCAUUUAAUAUGCUAGUGGGCUUAAAAUACUUUAUUCUUGAUUAGGUUAUAUAGGCCCAUUACAAUUUUGGGCAUAGUAUUUGCUUUUUCAUAGGAUGGCACAUGAUUUCAGCCUAGCUUAAUUAUCCCAAAUUCUGAGAUACUGGCAUCCAAAGAAAUAAUACACCUAAAAUCUACAUAACAUUUUUCCACAUGCUCAGCUCUAUUGUAUUAUUUGAGGUAACGGAUCAGAAAGUAUUUUCCCUUUUAAGUAACUCAGACGACAUGGAGUGACUUGUUUAAAGCAACUCAAUUAGGUAGUGGCAGUUCUGAAACUAGAACCCAACCCUUCUUUCUCCCAUAGCUGUAUUCUUCAUUAAACCAUGCUGCCUGUAAUCACCCAUGGCCUGGUACUCCCUGGGAGCCUUUAAAUCCCAAUGGGAUCCUAUCAAACAGAGAGCAGAUUCUAAAUUUAUGUCCCACUUGUUUACAAAAAGUCUUGAGGGGCUGACUUCACCAAACCUCCAUACGCCCCAUUUAUGCACUCUACAUGAGGCUGUAUAUUCAACCAUUCCUACUUUUCCCCAGAAAGAAUCUUUCUGAAAUGAAAAGGUAUCAGGGCUCAGGGUCACAGAGCCUCCAGAUCCUCUUUACUACCAGACAUUCCAUCCAAGAAUCUAGGUCCCUACUCCCCAACUACUAUAGCCUCAGUGUCUUGUUAAAGCCUCAGAGCAGUGCUUCUCAAAUGCCAAUGUGCAUGUGAGUCACCUGGGGAUCUUAUAAAAGUUACCCAAGGAUCUGAUUCAAUAGGUCUGGGAUAGCACCUGAGAGUCUACAUUUCUCACAAGGUCCCAGGUCAUGUUGAUGCUGCUGGUCCAGGGAGCAGUAAUAUUCUAGAGGAAAAUAUCUUAGAGCAUAUAACUUAAGGAAAAAAGGGAAGUAAUGAGGGAAGGAGGAAAAGAGAGAC